GUUGAUGUGAGGUUGGUGAUGGUCCAAUCUGCAUUACACAUCUAAUUACUCCACAGAGAGCCGUGGCGCGGUCAGGACAGAGUUGGUCGGCGGUAAACUUGCGGUGUAGAAGGGGGGAGCCGUCAACAGCGGGGAAGCGAGAGCAUUUUUCCGGCCUCUGUCAAGACGACCUGUCCGUCGCUUGUCUCACCGGCGACAACCAUGAGCCAGAGGUUCACCGUCUCCAAGAGCGACGGCGAACGGCGCCCCUCCGACAUCCAGGGGGAGGUGAACCAGCUCUUUGAGGGGGACGAGCCCUUGGCCAGCGGCGGGGCAGAGGUCGAGGAGGACGCCGCCGAUGCCGAGGUGGUGGUGGUGUUGAAAGGUGACAGUAAUCCCAAGGAGAGCAGCCCCUUCAUCAACAGCAGUGAUGUUGCCGCUGAAAAGAGCCAGCAGUAUGACGGCAAGCACAUGGCCUUGUUUGAGGAGGAGAUGGACACCAGCCCCAUGGUCUCAUCUCUUCUCAGCAGCCUGGCCAACUACUCCAACCUGCCCCAAGGUAGCAAGGAGCACGAGGAGGCCGAGAACAACGAGGCCGAAUCGUCACGCAAGAAACCCGUCAAGGCUCCACAGCUCGGCACUCUGAUGGGCGUCUAUCUGCCGUGCAUCCAGAACAUCUUUGGAGUGAUCCUCUUCCUCAGGAUGACCUGGUUGGUGGGAAUCGGAGGAGUCAUUGGGACCUUCGUCAUUGUUUUCAUGUGCUGCACCACAACCAUGCUGACUGCCAUCUCGAUGAGUGCCAUCGCUACCAAUGGAGUAGUGCCAGCUGGAGGCUCCUACUACAUGAUAUCCCGUUCCCUGGGUCCCGAGUUUGGAGGAGCAGUGGGGAUCUGUUUCUACCUGGGGACCACCUAUGCUGGAGCUAUGUACAUCCUGGGGGCCAUCGAGCUCCUCCUGAUCUACAUAGUUCCCCAAGCAGCCAUCUUUCCCUUGGAAGGGCUGGAAGGUGCCGAAGGGGAGGCGGCCCUGCUCAACAACAUGCGGGUUUACGGAACCAUCCUGUUGACCUCCAUGGCCACGGUGGUGUUUGUUGGCGUAAAGUAUGUCAACAAGUUGGCCCUGGUGUUUCUGGCCUGUGUCAUUCUCUCCAUCCUGGCCGUCUACGCCGGCGUCAUCAAGACCGCCGUCGAGCCUCCCGUGUUCCCUGUGUGCCUCUUGGGGAAUCGCACUUUGGUGUGGAAGACCUUUGACGUGUGUGCCAAAACUAUGGAGACGGCGAAUGGGACAGUGACUACCCAGCUGUGGCACAUGUUCUGUGAUUCACCUCUCCUCAAUGCUACCUGCGACAAGUUUUUCGCCGCCAACAAUGUGACCCAGAUCCAGGGCAUCCCAGGAGUCACCAGCGGAAUCCUGGCAGAGAACCUGUUUGGGACUUACUAUGAGAAGGGAGACCUGAUUGCCAGGAUAAACAUGGAGUCAGUGACAGAGCAGGACGAUCCUUUGACCAACUCUAACCGCUACGUGUUGGCCGACAUCACAAGCUUUUUCACACUGCUGGUCGGCAUCUAUUUCCCCUCUGUGACAGGGAUCAUGGCGGGCUCUAACCGCUCCGGAGACCUGCGUGAUGCUCAGAAGUCCAUCCCCGUUGGAACCAUUGCAGCCAUCACCACCACAUCCUUUGUCUACAUGACCAGCGUGAUUCUGUUUGGCGCCUGCAUCGAGGGAGUUGUCCUCAGAGACAAGUUUGGGGAAGGGGUGCACGGGAACCUGGUGAUCGGCACAUUAGCUUGGCCGUCACCGUGGGUGAUCGUGAUUGGGUCUUUUUUCUCCACCUGCGGGGCCGGACUGCAGAGUCUGACUGGAGCUCCCCGGCUCCUGCAGGCCAUCGCCAAGGAUGGCAUCGUGCCCGCCCUUCGGAUCUUUGGCCAUGGGAAGGCCAAUGGGGAACCCACAUGGUCGCUCCUGCUAACAGCUUGUAUCUGCGAGACCGGCAUCCUCAUUGCCUCCCUGGAUGCAGUGGCUCCCAUCCUCUCCAUGUUUUUUCUGAUGUGCUACAUGUUUGUGAACCUGGCCUGUGCCCUGCAGACGCUGCUGAGGACUCCAAACUGGAGACCUCGCUUCAAGUUCUACCACUGGACUCUGUCCUUCCUAGGAAUGAGCUUGUGCCUCACGCUCAUGUUCCUCUGCUCCUGGUAUUAUGCCAUUGUCGCCAUGGUAAUCGCCGGCUCUAUCUACAAGUAUAUUGAGUUUGCAGGUGCGGAGAAAGAGUGGGGUGAUGGGAUACGAGGUCUGUCGCUGAGUGCCGCGCGUUACGCCCUCAUGCGCCUGGAGGAAGGUCCACCGCACACCAAGAACUGGAGGCCUCAGUUGCUGGUGCUGGUCAGCACAGACGGUGAGCAGAAUGUGGAGCAGCCUCGCCUGCUCUCUCUGACCAAUCAGCUGAAGGCAGGGAAGGGUCUGACUAUCGUUGGCACAGCUUUGGUGGGAACUUACCUGGAGAACAGCGACCAGGCGCAGCGUGCAGAGCAAGCCCUGCGUAAACUGAUGGAAACGGAGAAGGUGAAGGGUUUCUGUCAAGUGACUGUGUCUUCAAAUCUGCGCGACGCUACAUCCCAUCUACUCCAGGCCAGUGGGCUGGGAGGCUUGAGACAUAACGCUGUGCUGGUCUCCUGGCCCCGCAACUGGAAGCAGGGAGAUGAGCAUCAGACCUGGAGGAACUUUGUCGAGCUGGUGAGAGAAACCACAGCUGCUUCCCUGGCUCUGCUCGUCCCGAAGAACAUCGCGGCUUUCCCGUCCAAUGGCGAGCGCUUUAGUGAGGGCCAUAUUGACGUAUGGUGGAUCGUCCAUGAUGGAGGCAUGCUGAUGCUCCUGCCCUUCCUCCUCCGCCAACACAAGGUGUGGAGGAAGUGCAAGAUGCGCAUCUUCACCGUGGCCCAGUUGGACGACAACAGCAUUCAAAUGAAGAAGGACCUGACCACAUUCCUCUAUCACCUCCGUAUCGACGCCAUGGUCGAAGUUGUGGAAAUGCACGACGGCGACAUCUCAGCUUACACCUACGAGAAGACCCUGGUGAUGGAACAACGGUCGCAGAUGCUCAAACAAAUCAACCUGACCAAGACUGAGCGGGAGAGAGAAAUCCAGAGCAUCACUGAUUCAUCCCGUGGGUCUAUCCGCCGUAAACACCCGGCCGCUGUGACCACCCAGCUGAGUGUGACCGAGGAGCCGCCAGCAGCCAGCAAGGAGGAGAAGCCUGAGGAAGAGUCAAAGUCGGCCUCUCCCCCUGUGUCCUCCUCUGCUCAGGUCCAGCUCAUCCAUGACAACACCACGCCCGCCAGCCCCGCCACCCCGGCCACCCCGCUGACCCCCACAGAGGCGGCAAAGAGCCCCGGGGAGCAGGUCCAGAUGACUUGGACCGAGAAGUGUGACGGCGAGCCUGAAAAACCACCCGGCGCAGCCACACCAGAGGGCAUCAAAGACAUCUUCAACAUGAAGCCUGAGUGGGAGAACCUGAACCAGUCCAACGUGCGACGCAUGCACACAGCACUUCGGCUGAAUGAAGUGAUCAUGAAGAAGUCCUCCGAGGCCAAACUCGUGCUCCUCAACAUGCCCGGGCCGCCCAAGAACCGGACAGGUGACGAGAACUACAUGGAGUUCCUCGAGGUCCUCACUGAAGGUCUCAACCGGGUUCUCCUGGUCCGCGGAGGCGGCCGCGAGGUCAUUACCAUCUACUCCUGAAAGAGCAGCUCCUCCCACGCUGCCUUCCCUCCACCCUUCCCUCAGUCCUGUUUCUGUGCUCCUCCUCCUCCUCCUCCUCCUCCUCCUCCUCUCUCAUCCACGCUGCAUCAUCAUCAUCAUGACGCCCCCUUCCCUGAUAAUUUCUGUGUGAUAAUCCUCAUCAUAGCUCAGCUCAGCUUCAGCACCGGUGAGCAGAAUCACAUGCCCUUGCAACUAAAACCCUUCAUUUUACUCUCAUAUGCUACUGUGUUUAGAUGCGGUCUAGAUUUGUUCUUAGAGACCCCCCCACCCCCCACACCCCCCUUUGGUAAUCUGUAAUCUACUGUAGUAACUAGCACUCAGUGAGGAGGAGGAGGAGGAGGAGGAGGAAGAGGUGGUGUGAGUUGAUGGCUGACGUGUGAGUGCACCUGCAUGUGUGUCCGUCUUUGUUUUAAUCUCUGAAGACGAUUCUUCCUUUCUUUAUUUUUCAAAAACAAACGUGUGGCAGAGAAGCUGCUGACGAAGGAGAGCUGAGAGCCGAAGUGAGCUCCGUGUAGGUUUGAUUUGCUCAGUCCUUGCCUGGGGAUUAUCCUUUAAGGCAAAAAGACUCGGCUACCUACAGCCAGGACCGCCAGCUACUGUAGAAGAAAAAAGAAAAAAGAAGAAUAUAGUUUUCAGCGUUUCAGUACGAACUGUAAAAUCCACAGUGGUCAUCACAGACUGUAAAGGCCCGUGGAUCAUGGAGCCUGUGGUAUGAUCUUUAACUUGCUCACUCCUUAGCAUGAAAUCCUUAUAACCGUGUGUGUGUUCUUAACUCCACUUGUUUUGUCUUUCUACUCACCCUCCGAUUAUCUCACCCUCUUAGUGGCUCUUCAUCUAUAAUGGCCACUGUUAGUGCCAAAAAAAACAAAAACAACAGAAGAAAAAGAGGCUAGCUUUAGUCUGUAGAGAUUAACACGUAAUUAAACUGUGAAUAAUGCAUUUCCUAGCAGAAGGAUGGUGUGACAGUGGAGAGGAGCGAGCGUGUACAACAUCGCCCACCCUCGCCCCAAAAAAAAACCACACACACACCCACCCGAGGAGAUCACCAUUGCCAGCACCCUUUUGAACCUCGUGUGGAUCACUGUAAAUAAUGUAUGAGCUCUGGCGAGUUGUUCAGUACGAGUGUCGUUUUUUUUUUUUCUCUUUUCUUUUAUUGUGACAUACGUAACACCACUUUGAUUUAUCUAUUUAUUUAUUUAUCUAUUUAUUUAUUUGUACAUUGGCUUUAUUUAUUGGUUGGCCGUCGGGCUCCUGUCGCCUCGGCAACCGUCACCACACCAAGCACUGCGCCUGCACUGUCUGCCCACUGUGCGAACCACGUGAAACUUUGACGACGUCAUCGGGACCACUGCUAAGUGUUACUUCUUUCAUGGAGAGAGCAGAUAUGUCAUUCACGUUUAUAAAUGUAGAAGAAGUUCCACGCGUCGAUGAUCAUAUAUCGUUUGUUUGUUUUUGUUCGGUUCGGUUGUCGCUCAAAGACACCGCAAUUUUUUUUUGCCAAAUUUCCAAAUGUGUUCAAUGUGCCAUAUCAAAGUAUUUUUCAAAGAGACAUAGUGAACAAAAGUUCUAUGGGUGGAAGAAGGUGUGAUGAGACGUCAAAGUGAAACUAGCACAGUGAUAACACAGUGGAAUAGUUGGAAUAGUCGUAUAGAUGAUGAAAGAAUAGACGUUCAGACCUUUAGUGAAAGCAUCAAACUGUUGUUUUCGUCAGGUCUCAGUGCAGCGAGGACAGUGUCUCCUGUAGCUAGGAAACGCACUUUGUCCACAGGACUGAACUCUAUGCAGUAGACUCUCCAGUGAGACUUUUUUAAUCUAAUCCAGAUUGGCUGAGGUUUGAGCCCCACACAUACACACACACACACACACAUCACAGACUUGAAUGACUUGUGAACAAAAAUCAUGCUUAGGUUCAAAAAGAAGAACAACAUGGGAGGGGGAAAGAAAAGUGCAUCUAGGAAGGAACGUGCAAUAGUGGAAAUCCGGACUCAUGUGAUCAUGUUAUUUAUUUUUUUAACACAUAAUAUUUUGUAUAUGUAGAUUUCGUACGUCUUAUAAACUCCAGAACCAUCUCACUCUGACCAAGGACGGCUGUCACUUUACGUUAAACGAGUUCCUUUCUUCAAAGAAACUGUCGUUGGUCAUUUGCACUUGUAGUAGAAAUAUAAAUAUUACACAGAAACUUAUAUAUAUACAGUAUAUAUAUGAAUAUAUAGUAUAUAUAUAUAUAAAACAUGGUAACGCAAAAGAAACUAGUUUCUAGGACUAUUUAAAAAAAAACACGUAUUAAAUAAAUGUUUUCAGUGUUGCUUGAAUGUCGGACCGUAUGUUGUGAAUGCUGCUAGUAUCAAUAGAUUUAUUUGUACUGUAAAUAGAGACGACUAAAGCAACAGUGAGAACAGUGAGAAGGGUAAAGACAUACAUAUCAGCGGCGGUGGUUGUACCUGUAAACAUUUGGCUUGCUCUCUCUCUCUCUCUCUCUCUGGACAGGGUUUCUGUGUUAUUUGAAAAACUAUACUGAAAAACCGUGAUGCAAUACUAAAGCCCGAGAGCAAACUCCUCACACACACACACAUACCCUAAUCCCUUUUACAAAACAAAUACUCUAUUCUAGAUUCUCUGUAUCUUUAACCCCAGAUUAUCCCCAGGUGGCCAGAUUAUCAAUUCACCUGAAGAAAAUGCCAAAAGAUUUUUUUCAAUAAGAACAUUUCAGCUUAAAUUUGCUGUUUGGGAAACCUGUGACACCUGUGACACUUACGCAGCAGCCACUCCUCGUUUUCUAACAAUCGGUGCCAAGUCAUGAGGAUUCUUUUCUUUGUGAAGCUCACACAGAGGUUGUGUCGUGCUUUUUAGGUUUUUGGAGAACACGGCUGUUUUGGGAUCAUCUCCACAACAUUGCCUGCAUCAACUGAGCCUUUAAAAUUUAUUCAAAAGAGGAAAAAAAAAAAAAUGUUUAUUGGAGAUGAUUAUUGGAGAUGAAUUUAUUUAUUGAAUUAUAAAUGUUUUAUAAUUGCUGUUUGCAUGGUACUAUGUGGCAGUAUUUGUUUCCGUGGUUUCUAUAGUGACGACUUUAAUGUUCAAGGUGGGGGGGGGGAGAGGGAGGUCAAACGUUCUCGUUGAUUUACGCGGUUUUUGAGAACUCAGGAGGGUUUGACACGUGGCUCGACCUUGGCGACGAAGUCUUUUGCAAAAAAAAAAACAACAAAAAGUAUGAGUUCACUAUAUUGUUCCUUGUUCUAUUUCAAUCUUGCUCAAGUAGUCUUAUGUCAUUGUAAUAGGGGAUUUUGAGUUUGCGAGUGAAUGGGCCACAGGACCGGUCAUUUCACCUUUUGUAAAUAUCUGUCACCUGAGUCAGAGACACUGUAACCCGCGCUCCUGUUGUCUUUCGUUGUACACUGUUCUAUCACUGUGGACAAAGUCUUAGAGUUUUGUAAGAUGACGUGCAAUAUUGUUCUCACUCUUAUCUUCUCUGUUAUCGUUUCAUUUUUGCCACAGCUUUAUUUUUAUGCUCAGAAACAAGUGGAGGUGUCAGCAGUCAAAGCACUUAUUUCACCUGAAUGUUUGUCAUCGGGGUUCAGUUUAACUGACCCUGAAGUGUUUGAAAGUGUUCAUUCCAAACGUGGCUGAGACAGCAAAGCACUUUAACCAUGAGGGGGCGCUCUGUGGCAGCAUAAGUGUGCAGGCUGAGAGGGGGGGGAAACUGAGCAGGAGCCAGUCUGCUCUGUACUGGCUCUCCCACAGUGACCUCUGGUGGCACACGAGUGUGUUACAGCCAGCUGUAGCGUUGGAACAGCUUAGACUAAAUCCCAUCAUGUGCUGCAGUUUUGAUCAGCAGAUUUUUUUUCUCUUCACCUCUCCGCAUGCAUCACAUUCUUUUUUUCUUUCUCUCUUGCCAAACGUCUUUAAAAAGAAUAAUAGUAACUGUUCAAUUUAUAGUGCUUGUCACUCAAAUCUGUGAGGUGAGCCUUCCCAGAAUCCCCACAUCCCCACCCACCCUGUCUGCCCCUGGUUGCCCUGGCCUCCCCAUCCCAGCCACUAAAUCCACCCCAGCUCUGUAUUUUAAAUGUGACUGCAGUAUAAUUAUUUAAGAAGAAAAAAAAAAAAAAAAAGAAAGAAAAUGAUCAAAGAAUAUAAAACUCGCGCUUCCAAACCUGGCACUGGCUCUGCUUGCUCAUCACAACACAGCCGACUCGGGGGAAACCAGCACGUCCCCUCUCCCCCAAACUGAUCCAUGAUUUUAGAUCAGAUCCUUCGCCUGCACAACUGUAGCAUGAGACGAACUCGCCGGUGAUCAUUACUCAGUCUCCAUCCUUAAAUGGAUAUCAAGGGCUCUGAAACACAUCUGUUACCGGAACGAGGAGGCUUUCCUUUAUGACACCAACAGAGGGGAAAAAACUUGCAAAAAGAUUAAGGAGAAAAAAAAUAUAUAUAUAUAUAAUCCCAGAUUUUACUGCUGAGAGGUCACACAGUCUGAAGCUCUGGUUAAGAUUGUAUCCUUCAGUAUGUUCACAGAAGACAGAUGUGCCUGAUGUUGGCUGUAAAACAGCUGCACUUCCAUUUCACACAGUCAAGCUCUCUGGGAAUCAGAUAAGAAAAAACUCGAGUGGCUGUGAGUGGAGUUCAAGCAGAGCCACGUUCCAGUAAUGUUGUGUAACUCAGUGCAUGCAUGCAAUUACCCUGAACAAGGUGUAUUGAAAUUAUAUUGGGUGUUUGUGGUAUAAAAGUAUUUUUUUUCCCCUUUCUUUUAUUAGUUAGAAACGUUCCUUUCAAGUGGUUUUUGUUUUGUUUUUCUUCUUCUCCUUCCUUAGGACAGGCCAAUCAUUGUCUCGAAAGAUGAUUAUUAUAGUACAAGAUUCUAUUUUUAUGGUAGAUUUGUUGAGGUGUCAAAUAUUAUAUCUUCACAUGAACUGAUUACCAAAGUAUAUUUCAGUUGACGGCAUAAAUGACAGUGUGACAAUUGUGUGCUCCAGUGAAUUAGACAGACCAGUGAGUAUUUUUGUUUACCUUGUACAUUCAUCAGUUGAUAAGAGUUUAAAAAAAUAAUAAUAAUUGGAAGUGCCAAAAAAUAUUACAUGUGACGAGUGAUUUCCUGCAUGGAAAAGGUGGCACGAAUCUUAAAAAUCUGCCCCCAUUUCGCUCACCAGCUGUGAGUCAUUAACUUUUAAUGUCACAUCCAGACAGACCUUUUUAAGAAAACAUUUGAAGGAAUUUAAGGAAACACCCUUCUAAUUUUGUUAAUACAAAGAUUGACAAACCUCAACGUGUCCAGAGGAAGCAAAAUCCAUCAAUCAGCAUCUUUAAAUAACACAGAUUUGCAUGUUUUUCUUUUGAUUUGUUCAAUCCUAAAAUACUAGGUGAAUUUAGAGUCUCACACAGCAGCCAUUUAUAAAAAUGUACACUUAAGAUUUGUGUAGUUUGACUAAUUGACCCUUUUGCACAGCAGUUAAUUUAAAAAUAAAAAAAAGCAGGAAAAACAGGCGUCACUGAUGUCAACGAUGGUUGUUCGGUUCCUGCGAGUCAGUGAAGUGCUGCAGUGAGCCAGUGUGCACCCUGAAAUAGUGGAAUCAUAAUGGAACUCAGCCAUCGUUAACUUCAUCUUUCACACCUGUGACCUGUCACUAAAUGGCUGCAGUGUUAGAGUUGUCGUUUCCUUUGACACCAUUUGACCUUUUGAGGAUCCAGUUUUCCUUUAAUAACCAGUUGGAGGACAUUUUGUCAUAUUUAAUUCACUGGAGUUGUGGGAAACAUUUUAUAUGGAUGCUUUAAAAAAAAAAAUGCAGCGACGUAGAUUUAUACACGGGAUACAACUGUAUCCAAUCUUCAAAUUGAUCCCCCCCCACCCCCAAUCUGAACCGACCAUUUUACUCUUGAUACUGUACCUAGUCUUAUGGUUACACUGUAGUGCGUGUUCUUUUCAGUUCUGUGGGAGUGUGUAUGUGUGUACAUGUGCACUUGUAACUGCUGGGGGCAGGGGUGGCUGUGGGCGAGGGAGGGAAGGGGCUACGUGUAAAUAAAUCAAGUACAGUUAGUGUGGAAGUGUUUAUUUUUGUGUCAGUGUAAGUUAAAUAUUCUAAAAUAAAAUAAACAAAUGUAUUAUUCUCUAUUGUGUUUCAUGGUACAUUGAAAAGAGGAAAAAAAAAAGAAGUAGUUUUAUCUUACAUUUCAAAUGCUUAUAUCUCUAUGGCUUCUGGCGAUACCCGUUCCAUUUUAUAGAUUUGUCAGCACAAAAUGCAAUAAACCAAUACCAUUUUAUUACA